ACAAGUGUUGGGUGGACCGCGUGAUCAUGCAAUCCUCUCCCACCACCAUUUUCUCUCUCUAGAUCUCCUAUCUCCACUCUCUCUCUAGAUCUCCUAUCAUAAAGGAGCCUCCUCCAAACUUCUCCCUCGCAACCCACCGACCGCCAUUUUAUCUCUGUAGACCUCCCCCCCCAAAUGGACCUCUUCCUUAAACUCCCUUUCCUCCUCCUCUCAGCCCUUUUCCUGCAACCAAUCUCCCCCCUUGAAUUCCUCUUCAAUGACUUCGACUCCUCAAGCCUCUUAUUAUCAAGCGAUUCUCAGCUCGUUUCGGGCCGCCUUGUCCUAACGAACGAUACCACCUUCUCCAUAGGCCACGCCUUUUACCCUCUCUCUCUAACCACUCGCCCCUUUCUAUCUCCUUUCUCCACCUCUUUCAUCUUCUCCAUUACCCCGAAUAAAGACCUCUUACCAGGCCAUGGCAUUGCGCUCUUUUUUGCUCCAACCACUGCUCUCUUACUCACUUCGCCCGCUGAAUACUUGGGCCUCUUCAAUCAAACCUCUGAUCGCUCCCCUCAAAGUCACAUCUUUGCGAUCGAAUUCGACACUUCCGAGAAUCCAGACCUCGCUGAUAUUGACGAUAACCAUGUUGGUGUUGAUGUUAAUAAUGCCACUUCAGUGGCUUCCCACUCUGCUGGUAAAUGGGAUUCAGGGAAAUUUGAAGGCAUGGAUUUGAAAAAUGGCGAGAAUUACCAAGCUUGGGUGGAUUAUUACUAUGUUGGGGGUAAUAAUUCAAUGCCUAGAUUGAAUGUUUCCAUGGCUUUGGCAGGGCAGAGAAAACCCGGUUGGCCUUUGAUCUCUCUUGAGUUGAAUUUAACAAGUGUUUUUAAUGAGGAGGCUUAUGUUGGUUUCUCUGCUGCAACAGGGCAGAGGGUGGAGACUCAUAGGAUAUUGGGGUGGAGUUUUAGUGAGAGAAACUUCUCUCUAAGUGAGGGGUUGGUCACCAGUGGUUUGCCUGAUUAUAGGUUGAAGGCAAAGAAUGGGGUGAUUGGGUCGAAGGCCUUUAUUGUGGGCCUCUCAAAUGGGGGAUUGGUGGUUUUUGGGUUGAUAUUGAUAAUAGGAUUCUUAUGGUUUAGAAAGAGGAGAAAUAGAGGGGGAGAAGAUGAGGGUAUUGAGGACUGGGAGAUUGAGUAUUGGCCUCAUAGAGUGCCCUAUCAAGACAUACUGAGUGCCACAAAAAACUUUAGUGAGACCCAAUUGUUGGGUAAUGGUGGGAAUUCUAGGGUUUUUAAGGGUGUCCUAGCAGGUUCUAGGGCUGAGGUGGCAAUCAAGUGUGUAAGCCAUGAAUCACAAGAAGGGGUUAGAGAAUUUGCAGCUGAGGUCUCAAGUAUAGGGCGGCUAAAGCAUAGGAACUUAGUUGGAUUAAGGGGUUGGUGCAAAAGCCCAAAGGAAUUCAUCUUGGUCUAUGACUACAUGGAGAAUGGGAGCUUAGACAACAGGAUUUUUCAGGGCAUGGGAGGUGAAGUCAUGGGAUGGGCUGCUAGGGUCAGGGUUUUGAAAGGUCUGGCAGAUGGGGUGUUGUAUCUUCAUGAAGGUUGGGAAGCUAGGAUCUUGCAUAGAGACAUUAAGGCCAGCAAUGUUAUGCUAGACGAAGAUAUGUGUGCAAAACUAGGUGACUUUGGACUGGCAAGAAUGUAUGAGCAUGGGCAACUAGCACACACCACACGUGUGGUUGGGACUGCCGGAUACAUGGCACCGGAGAUGGUAAGAAGUGGGAAAGCAUCGGUGAAAACCGAUGUUUUCAGCUUCGGAGUCCUAAUACUAGAGGUGGUUUGUGGGAGGAGGCCUUUAGAAGAUGGGUGUGAGCCACUGGUCGAAUGGGUUUGGAGUAUGCUUGAGCAGGGCGACCUGAUCGGUGCACUGGACCCUAGGCUCAGUGGCUCAAGCGAAGUGGAUGAGGAAGUGGUCGAUCAAUUACUGAGACUAGGUUUGCUCUGUACAUGUCCUAAUCCUAGCACUCGACCGACCAUGAGACAAGUGGUUCGGACCCUUGAGGAUCCUGGUUCAGAUGAUCUCGAUGGCGAUUCAGUUGUUUUGAGGCCUGAACCUAAGCUUGGUUUUACCGACCCAGUGUGGUCCUGGAGACCGGGCCCUAGUGAGGACCACCCGACUUUUGGGGACCUGCAAUUGUCCCCAUCAUGGUCCAUGUCGAUAUCGGAUUCGGAUGUCAUUGUAGAUGGCAGAUGACCAGCUGAAUGGAGGUUGGUUAUGAUGGUCCCUCUAUUUCCCAUCUUCAGUAUGCGGAUGAUACUAUGAUCUUUUCAGAGGCAAAAAAGGACUAUAUCGAAUUCCUUGGGAGAUUUCUUAAGUGAUGUGAGAUGGGUAUAGGCUUAAAGGUGAAUGUGGCCAAAACUUCUAUGGCGGGUGUGAACUGUAACAAUGAGUUGGUGGUGGAGCUAGCAAUGGUACUUGGAUUGGAGGUGGUCGAGGAAGCGCUUUGAGAUUGAGUUUUUGGAAGGAUAUCUUCUUGUGCAAGUCCUAUAUUGUGAGAGAUAUUAGAUGGUGUGUAGGGAAUGGUUCCAAGGUUUCUUUUUGGCACCAUAAGUGGCUAAGGGAUAUCCCUUUGAAGGUGUCUUUCCCUGAUAUCUUUGCUAAGACUACCUCACAUAAUGCUAUGCUAAUGGAGUUGUAUCAGAGUUUGGGGGAGCAGGUGUCUUGGUGUAUUCAGUUUCCCUAUAAUAGAGUUUCUGAAAGUUUUGCUGCAGAUAUCGCAAGUCUCUGGCAGUAGUUACAGUUGGUGGUGUUGUGUAAUUCCAUUGAAGAUGAGGCCAUUUGGGAGCACAGUAAAGAUGAGGUGUUUUUGGUAAGAGGCAUGUAUUCCCUGCUAUUCCAUGAUCGUUUUAGGUGGUCCUUACUUCAGAUAGCACAAAUUUGGAAGUGGCCCAUUCCUCACAAAGUGCAAUGCUUUAUGUGGUUGGCAGGCCAAAAUAAAGUCCUAAUAGUGGAUAACCUAAUCAAGAGAGGGAAGAUUUUGCCAAAUGUGUCUUAUGUGAAGGAGGAUGGAGAGUCUAUCUCACAUUUGCUUGUUCAUUGCCGUUUUGCCUCUCUUAUCUAGAGCUACUUUUUUGGGAUGGUUGGGGUGGCUGUGGUAAUGCCACAAAGUAUGUUGGGUGUUAUUUCUCAACUUAUCUUUUUGGGAUUACCUAAAUUGGGGAUUAGAUUUUGGCAUAUUAUCAAAUGAGCGAAUUGCUGGGAAUCAUAAAAAGAGCGAAAUAGACAUGCUUUUGAGGGUGUGAGUAUAUCUUGUGGUAGGGUAUUACAACGCAUUUUGCACACGAGCUGGUGUUGGAUGUUUGUGUUAGAGGAAGGGAGAGGUAUUUCUCAGUAUGAUGUGCGAAAUAAGUUGGCAUCCUCACUGUAUUUCAAGAAAAUCAAGUCUAGGCCAGGGGAUCAUUGGAUUCCUCCGAAUUUGGGCUACCUUAAGCUUAAUUUUGAUGGAAGUUCUGUAAGGAACCCGGGUUCUGCAAGGAUUGGAGGAGCGAUUCGUGAUUCGUCGGGAUCUAUUCUAUGUGCCUUUGCUGGUCCUAUCAGGGUUGCUAUUGCCAACUGUGCCGAGUUUACUGCGUUGCUCAGAGGUUUGAUUAUUUUUAAAAGGUCUAAACUUGGGGUUGCUAGUCAUCGUGGAGGGAGAUUCUCUAAAUGUGAGCAGGUGUAAUAAGGAGCAGCGUGUUCCUUGGCUGUUACAUUCUGUUUGGGUACAAGUGGUGAAGUUAGAAGUAGAGUUGCACUUAUCGUUUCAGCAUGUUUUUAGGGAGUCGAAUGUUUUGGCGGACAGGCUUGAAAAAGGGGGUGUGUCCAUGGAGUCCUUUGCAUUUUUAAAUGAUGUAAUGAGUGAUUGAUGUUGUUGCUUUGUUGAUUUACAAUAAUAAUUGAUAACACUUGUCAAAAAAAAAAUCUAUAAGAAAUUGAAG